GCGCGCCUGCGCACGCAGCCCUUUUACGGCGCCGUAAAGCAGCUCGGCCGGAGCGACCGCCGCAGUUCCUGGGUGGCGGAGGUAUGGAGGCGCGCUUCACGCGCGGGAAGUCGGCCCUGCUGGAGCGCGCGCUGGCACGGCCGCGCACCGAGGUGAGCCUGAGCGCCUUCGCGCUGCUCUUCUCCGAGCUGGUGCAGCACUGUCAGAGCCGCGUCUUCUCGGUGGCCGAGCUGCAGGCUCGCCUGGCCGCGCUGGGCCGCCAGGUGGGCGCUCGCGUGCUGGAUGCGCUGGUCGCGCGCGAGAAGGGUGCUCGGCGCGAGACCAAGGUUCUGGGCGCGCUGCUGUUCGUCAAGGGCGCAGUGUGGAAGGCGCUUUUCGGCAAGGAGGCCGACAAGCUGGAGCAGGCCAACGACGACGCCCGCACUUUCUACAUUAUCGAGCGGGAGCCGCUUAUUAACACCUACAUCUCCGUGCCGAAGGAGAACAGCACGCUCAACUGCGCCAGCUUCACAGCGGGCAUCGUGGAGGCCGUGCUCACGCACAGCGGCUUUCCCGCCAAGGUCACGGCACACUGGCACAAGGGCACCACCCUCAUGAUCAAGUUCGAGGAGGCUGUCAUCGCCAGAGACCGGGCCCUGGAGGGCCGCUGACCCGCGGGAGAUAAAGGAUGCGGAGAGCCCCCUUGCCCA